AUGGGAAUUUAUCUCCCCUUUGCUCGUCUUCUCCUUUUCUUGAGCUUCUUCUACUUCUUCUUCCUCCUAUUACUGCUUUUGCCUCAGAUCCAAGCAGCUCAAGACAGCCAUAUUUGCCUACAUGACCAGAAAUCUGCUCUCUUGCAAUUCCGGCAUGAGUUCAUCAUCACAGACAACAUUUCCUUCAGUUCAUGGGAACCACAAACAGAUUGUUGCUCAUGGGAUGGCGUCACUUGCAACGUCACCACUGGUUACGUGAUUGGUCUCGACUUGAAUAAUAGUAUCGGUUUUAGCUCCGACAUGAUCAGUUACAAGGUUUCAGCACCUAUCUAUUCCAACAGCAGCCUCUUUGGCCUCCAUCAUCUCCAAAGGCUCAACCUUGCUUACAAUGACUUCAAUUUGGCUCCUAUCCCAUCUGGGUUUGAUCGUCUUCCAAGCUUGACACAUCUCAACCUCUCCUAUUCCAAUUUCUCUGGUCAGAUACCCUGGGAAUUCUCACGCCUAACAAGGUUAGUUUCUCUUGAUCUCUCCUACUUCUCUGAUUAUGCAAAACUGGAAAGACCAAACCUUAAGGAGUUGAUCCAGAAUCUGACAUCUCUUGUAGAACUAUACCUUGAUGGUGUAGACCUCUCUAGUCCUAGUUCUAGUCCUACACAGGGAAGCAGCGAUCAUUGGUCUCAGGUCUUACCGCAGUCACUUCCCAACCUCCGUGCAUUGAGUUUGUCCUACUGUAGUCUUUCAGGUCCCAUUCACCCUUCUUUCUCGCAGCUUGUAUUCCUCGAGGAGCUCCGACUUGAUGGAAACUAUAAUCUUUCUCUUGAAGCACCCAACUUCUUGCCCCUCAAUUUCUCUCAUUUGAAAACUCUUAGUCUAAGCUAUUGUGGAUUGUAUGGAGAGUUCCCCAACAGUGUUUUUCAACUACCCAAUCUUCGGAUCCUUGAUGUGUCAGGAAAUUCUCUCCUAAAUGGUCAAUUGCCAGAUUUUCCACUUAACAAUUCUUUUCAGUUCAUAUCGCUCUAUCAGACAAACUUUUCAGGAGCGCUUCCAGAUUCUAUUGGAAAUCUUAGGUUUUUGACGACAUUACGACUGGGUAAUUGCAAUUUCUCCGGAUCUAUCCCACCAUCUCUAACCAAUCUCACCCAACUAACUGAGCUAGACCUUUGGUCCAAUAGUUUUACCGGUUCAGUCCCUAUGUUUAAUAAAGACAAUGUUCCAAAUCUUGCAUUUUUGGAAUUGUCUGACAAUCUUCUUGACGGGACAAUCCAUUCUUCUCUAUUUACACUCCCAUCAUUGUACAGAUUAUUUCUUUCAAAUAUUCAGCUUACUGGUCGACUUGAUCAGUUGUUUCAUAAUUCAUCUCUUUCAUCAUCAUCAUCAUUGGUAGAGAUGGAUUUGAGUGGAAACAAAUUGAAUGGACAAAUACCAAAAUCAAUUUCUCAAUUCUCAAGUCUUCAGUCCCUCUAUCUGAGCUCCAACGAUUUUAGUGGCACUGUAAAGCUGGAGGACAUGUUUGGGAACCUUGAGAACCUUUCGUCUCUUCACCUGUCAAACAACAACCUAUUGUCACUUGAAUUUGGCAACACUAGUUCUUCUUUUCGUCCUCAGUUUUACGAAUUGGGUUUGGGAUCUUGCCACAUCAAAGAAUUCCCCAACUUCUUGAGAACUCAAGAGCAAUUGGAGUAUUUAGAUCUUUCAAACAACCAAAUCCAAGGCCAAGUACCGAAUUGGUUAUGGAAGGGAGCUCUUGGUGAUGUUGAUCUUUCUUACAAUGGAAUAGUAGAUUUGGAACCUGCUUUUGCGGAUCAUUCAAAUAAUGAUACAAGCAACAAUACUACUACUCCUUCCACUCUCUACUUUUAUUCUUUGAAAUUGAGUUCUUGCAAUUUGAGAGUGUUCCCUGAAUUUCUGAAGAACCUAAAUGUUGAGAAUCUUGACCUUUCAAACAACACCAUUUCUGGGCAAGUACCAAAUUGGAUAUGGAAGGAAGGUUUAUCUUAUUUGAAUCUUUCAUACAACUCUCUAAAUACUUUGGAGCUACCACUACUCCUAAAUUUGUCCUCAAGUCCAUUAAGUACUCUAGAUCUCCGCAACAACAAGCUACAAGGGUCUCUCCCAAUUCCCGCAUCAUCUAUCACAUUCUUUUCAAUUUCGAAUAAUAGCUUUGUUGGAGGAAUCCCUGAGUCAAUAUGCAAAUUGAGUGGUCUACAAGUUUUUGAUGCCUCCCACAACAACUUGAGCGGUUCAAUUCCGGAAUGUCUAGGUAACAUUGACACUCUCUCUGUAUUGGAUGUACAAGGGAAUCGAUUUCACGGAAUGCCUCCAAAUUUUACAAAUGCUAGCAGCUUGAGGACACUCAAAAUGAAUGGAAAUAUUUUAGAAGGGCAAGUGCCUAGGUCAUUGGCGAAUUGCACAUCACUAGAGGUUCUAGAUCUUGGGAAGAACAAGAUGUUUGAUACCUUCCCGUUCUUGUUGGGGAAAUUGCCUAUGUUGCGAGUUCUUGUAUUGCAUUCCAACAGAUUCUAUGGUCCCAUCAAACACCCUCGAACCCUUGAUGAAUUCCCGAUGUUGCAAAUUUUGGACCUCUCUUCCAAUACAUUUACAGGUAAUUUUCCAAUUGAAUACUUUGGAAGCUUGAAGGCAAUGAUGUUUAAAAAAGGGAACAAGUCAGAACCACAAUAUAUUGGAGAAUCCUACUACAGAGACUCAGUGACAAUCAUGAACAAAGGUCUAGAAAUGGAGCUAGUGAGGAUCUUGACCAUCUACACAGCUCUCGAUCUAUCCAACAAUAGAUUCCAGGGGGAGAUUCCAAAAGUGAUUGGAGAGCUUACAUCUCUUGUGGUUCUAAACAUGUCUCAAAAUGACCUAGUAGGCCAAAUCCCAUCAUCGAUAGGAAACAUGGCAGAGCUGGAGUCAUUGGAUCUCUCACAAAACAAGCUCUCAGGCCAGAUCCCUCGACAACUCGCUAAUCUUACCUUUCUUGCAUUCUUAAACCUCUCCCAAAAUCAUCUUGAGGGGCCUAUACCACGAGGCAAUCAAUUGGAGACGUUUUCAAACACUUCUUACAAUGCAAAUCCAGGAUUAUGUGGUUUUCCCUUAUCAAGGAAAUGCAGAGCUACCAGUGAUGAUAUGCCACCGCAAGGUCCACAAGGGGAGAGAUCAACAAAUGACUCCAAAUUUGAUUGGAAAUUCAUGUUGAUGGGUUAUGGAUGCGGUAUGCAAGAUUCCUUUAUUAAUUCCACUAAUUCAUGGGAACCGGAAAAGGAUUGUUGCUCAUGCGGAGGCGUGACAUGCAACUUCACCACUGGUUAUGUCAUCGAUCUCGACUUGAGUGGUUAUGUCAUCGGUUUCCACUACAGUUCCUACUACGUGAUCGAUUCCAAGGUUUCAGGACCUAUCUAUUCCGACAGCAGCCUCUUCAGCCUCCAUCAUCUCCAAAGGCUCAAUCUUGCUUUCAAUGACUUCAAGCUCACUCCAUUCCCGUCUGGAUUUGAUCAACUUCCAAUUUUGACACAUCUCAACCUCUCCCAUUCCAAUUUCCCCGGCCAGAUACCCUGGGAAUUCUCACGCCUAACAAGGUUGGUUUCUCUUGAUCUCUCCACCUUCAACUUCGACGAGAACUACUACUUCAAUAUCUGUAGUCGUAUUCUAAAACUGGAAAAACCAAACCUGAAGGCGUUGAUCCAGAAUCUAACAUCUCUUGUGGAGCUAUACCUUAAUGGUGUAGACCUCUCUAGUCCUAGUCCUAAACAUGGAAGAAGUAGUCAUUGGUCUCAGGUCUUGCCGCAGUCUCUUCCCAACCUCCGUGCAUUGAGUUUGUCUGGCUGUCGUCUUUCAGGUCCCAAUCACACUUCUUUCUAG